AUGGCGGGAGGAGCAAUUGCGAACCCUGCCGGCAAUGUGAAGGAGUAUCCGGGGAAGAUGACAAUGUUCGUUUUCUUCGCCUGCCUUGUGGCAGCCACCGGCGGCCUCAUCUUCGGAUACGACAUCGGAAUCUCUGGUGGGGUGACAUCAAUGGAUUCAUUUCUGCGUAAGUUCUUUCCGUCGGUGUACCGCAAGGAGAAGGAGGAUACAAGAACGAAUCAGUACUGUAAGUUUGACUCCCAGCUGCUGACGACGUUCACAUCAUCCCUCUAUCUCGCCGCGCUCAUCUCUUCCUUCUUUGCGGCCACGAUGACGCGGGCCUUCGGCCGCAAGUGGUCAAUGUUUGGCGGUGGAAUCACCUUCCUCAUCGGAGCUGCGCUUAAUGGCGCAGCUAAUAACGUUGCCAUGCUCAUCUUCGGCCGCAUUUUUCUCGGCGUUGGUAUAGGCUUCGCCAACCAGUCGGUCCCCCUCUAUCUAUCAGAAAUCGCACCAGCCAAACUCCGAGGCAUGUUCAACAUCGGCUUCCAACUCAUGAUCACACUUGGCAUCCUCGCUGCAAACCUGAUCAACUAUCGCACCGCCAAGAUCAAAGCAGGUUAUGGCCUCGCCCUCGCCGGCGUCCCGGCCGCCAUCAUCACCGUCGGCUCCCUCAUCCUCCCCGACACCCCCAACUCCCUUCUCGAACGCGGCCACGAAGAACAAGCCCGCACCAUGCUUCGCAGAAUCCGCGGCACCGACGACAUCCAGCAAGAGUAUGCCGACAUCAAAGCUGCAAGCAAGGAGUCGAACACAAUCGAACGACCAUGGCACAACAUCACCCGUCGCCGUUACCUCCCGCAGCUCACAAUGGCCAUCUUAAUUCCUUUUUUCCAGCAGCUUACCGGAAUCAACGUCAUCAUGUUCUACGCACCUGUUUUAUUCAAAACCAUCGGUUUUGGAAGCGACGCCUCGCUCAUGUCAGCUGUCAUCACUGGCCUCGUCAACGUGUUUGCCACGCUCGUCUCUAUCUUUACCGUUGAUCGCCUCGGCCGCCGCAAGCUUUUUUUGCAGGGCGGCGUACAGAUGUUCAUUUGCCAGAUAAUCGUUGGCACUCUCAUCGCCGCCAAGUUUGGGACUUCCGGUGAGGGUCACAUGAGCAAGAGCUACUCCGCUGCGGUGGUGGCGUUCAUCUGCAUCUACGUGGCUGGGUUCGCGUGGUCGUGGGGGCCGCUGGGGUGGUUGGUGCCAUCGGAAAUUUUCCCGUUAGAGAUACGAUCUGCUGGGCAGAGCAUUACGGUUUCUAUGAACAUGCUGUUUACGUUCGUUAUUGCGCAGGCGUUUCUGACUCUUCUCUGUAGGCUUAAGUUCGGGCUGUUCUAUUUUUUUGGCGGUUGGGUGUUGAUUAUGACUGUAUUUAUCGCCAUCUUUCUUCCGGAGACGAAGGGAGUUCCCAUCGAGGAGAUGGUGCUCGUCUGGAAAGCGCACUGGUUCUGGGGCCGGUUCAUUUCGGAUAAAGACGUUCAUGGCGCCGCCACGGUUGAGAUGGCCAAUGGCAAAAAUGGCAGUAAAGCUACCGAUGCUACUGCAUGAUCAAGUCC